AUGUCGUCGAGCACAGCCCUGAAGACAUUCUCUCUGGUGAACGACAUUCGAGAUGUAUCCCCGCAGGAUGAAAUCUUCAAAUUUGACCCCGAAGCGAACAGACAGCUCCUCCGUGACUCGCCAUGGGCACAAGAUCCACACUAUUUCAAAGUAUGCAAGAUAUCUGCCGUUGCGCUCAUCAAGAUGGUGAUCCACGCGCGCUCGGGCGUGCCACACGAGAUCAUGGGCAUGAUGCAGGGCAAAGUCGUCGGCAACGCGUUGGUGAUCGUCGACUCCUUCGCACUCCCGGUGCAGGGCACGGAGACGCGCGUGAACGCGGCGAAUGAAGCGUAUGAGUACAUGGUGCAGUAUGUCGAGGGCAGCGAGCGGGUUGGGAGGUUGGAGAAUGCGGUAGGAUGGUACCACUCGCACCCGGGUUACGGCUGCUGGCUGUCCGGGAUCGAUGUCAACACGCAGAUGACGAACCAGAAGCACCAAGAUCCAUUCGUAGCUGUAGUCAUCGACCCUAACCGCACGGUCUCCGCGGGGAAGGUUGACAUCGGUGCAUUCCGUACAUACCCAGAGACGCACGUCCCAUCCGACGCUCAGUCAUCCGAAUACCAGUCGAUUCCGCUCUCGAAGAUUGAGGACUUCGGUGUACACGCAGGGCAGUACUACCCGCUCGAGGUGCAGGUGUUCAAGAGCAGUCUCGACAAUGAGCUUCUGGGCCUCCUAUGGAACAAGUACUGGGUGAAUACCGUCAGCCAGAGUGCGCUGAUUUCGAAUCGCGCGUAUGCAGCGGCGCAGCUUAUCGACCUGCACCAGAAGCUGUCGAAGGCGCAGAGCUCGGUGUCGGGCACACGUGCGCCUCCUCCGGCACUGAAAGACGACAAAGUGGCGAAGAAGGAAGAAAGGAAGAGAGAAGACGCGAACCAGUUGCUGAAAAGCGUCAAGGAUAGCGGGAAAAUUGCAACCGAAGCACAGCAUGGCCUGAUCGCGCAAGUGCUGAAAGAUGUGAUCUUCUCGAUGCGGCCACAGGACAUCGCCCGCGUGGAGGUGGGGGAGGUUGUCGACACUUCGAUGGCCAUUGGUUAG